UUCUUCUUUCGCUUUCUCCUCCUCCUCCUCCUCCUCAUCCUCAUCCUCGUCGUCGUCGUCGUCGUCGUCGUCGUUGUCUCCCUCCUCUUCUUUUUCUUCUCUCCGAUUCUCUUCUCCUUCACAUCUCUCCUCUAUCUCCAUCCUCAUCUUCCAUCUUCUCUUCUUAUUUCUCUCUACCCCAUACCUGUUUACACCUAUAUAUUCGAUACCUCUUCUCUGUCCCGUGUUGUGCCGCUUUUCUCGUCCAGCGACCUGCCUCCGCCAAGACGACAACUCGGCUGUGCUAUCCUGGUUGCUGCUGUCUGUCUCCUUAGCAGCCAAAUCCAACCAAUCCAUCCAUUAUUAUUCCAUCCCACUCCCACCACCAUCCCCAGCGAUUGCAUCUUGGAACACCCAACUCCCUCUCAUUCUCACUCUCACACGCCAUCCAUCCAUCGUCUGACCGACCUCGUUAUCCACCUUCAAUCGCAUUGACCACUUCCUUCGUCUCUCCCUCUUCCACGAGAACCACCUAUAUCCACCGACGACCCAUCUUCAAACUGACCGACCCUUUUGCAUCCAUAUAUCUAUUCCCUGGCAUCGUGUAAUUCGGGAGACACCUCGCCCGCCUCCCUCUACUGGUGGUGCUGACAGUCACUGCGACUGACUGCCAGCCUGCUGUCUCGCCAUGGCGGAUCGUCCCCCUCAUCGCUCUGGAGCCCGUCUUCCUUCCCGCUCGUCUCGCUCUUCUCUUCGCUCCUCUCCUCCCUCCACAACCUCCGCCUACGAUGCCUCUCAACUCACACAGCAAUUCGAGGACUUGCUACGGACGCGCCGCCUGAACUCGCUGCAGGAGCGAUCCCGCUCUAGAACCGCUUCUCCUUCUCCUUCGCCUACUCCUGCCACUCCCCAUUCUCCCCCUGCCUCUCGUCUUCAGUCAUCCAGUCAUCGAUCUUCUUCACAACAUCCACAACAACAUCCACAUCCACCAUCAUAUUCCCUUCGAAGCCUCCCGCUCGUCCCCGCCCCUCCCCAAGACCCGGUCUCCUUCAAAUUUAGCAACCUUCUCCAUGUCUUGUCCGUCACCCCUACCAAAUACGAAAACCCCGGCCUGCUGGACGAAGCCCUGGCCGUAAUCCCGCUAGACAGGAUAUAUUCAGAAGCAGACGAGGAGUGCCAGAUUCUCCAGGCUGAGGCUGCCAGUAUGGGUGAAAACGUGAAACCACAGUGGGGUUAUCAAGAUUGUGUCAUCAAAUCUCUGCUGAGAUGGUUCAAACGGUCUUUCUUCCAAUUCGUCAAUAACCCUCCCUGCUCCGCCUGUUACAGCCCGACCAUCGCCCAUGGAAUGACCCCGCCUACCCCAGACGAAACUGCCCGUGGCGCAACCCGAGUCGAAUUGUACCGAUGUUCGGAUGCAACAUGCGGCGCAAACGAGCGGUUUCCCCGCUAUUCGGACGUCUGGGCCCUGCUCCAGACACGACGAGGACGGGUGGGUGAAUGGGCAAAUUGCUUUUCAAUGUUGUGUCGCGCUGUAGGUGGCCGCGUUAGAUGGGUGUGGAAUUCUGAGGAUUAUGUCUGGACCGAAGUGUACUCUGAACAUCAGAAGCGAUGGGUCCAUGUUGAUGCUUGUGAGGAGGCCUGGGAUAAUCCCCGGCUUUACGCUGAAGGGUGGAACCGCAAAAUGGCAUACUGCGUCGCAUUCUCCAUCGACGGCGCAACAGACGUCACACGACGGUAUGUUCGCAACCCAGCAAAACAUGGCAUGUCCCGCACCCGCGCCCCAGAGGAGGUCCUGCUCUGGGUCAUUCUUGAAAUCCGCCGGAUGCGCCGCGAGAACCUUUCCAAAGAGGAGCGUCGACGACUGAUAAAAGAGGACGAACGGGAAGAAAGAGAGCUGCGCGGUUAUAUGGCCCAGGCUAUCGCAACGGAGAUUAAUAACCUCUUUCCUAAUGGACGAAUCAGUAAUAGUGGAAACGGCACCAACGGCAACGAUGCAUCCGCUGAUGAAUCGAAGGUGCCUGUUACAACACCGAAUGGCAAUGUGGAGUGGGUGAAUCCCACUCAGGGGCAGACGGGGCAACCAAACCCAGAUCGAUCAAGCCAGGGGCGAUAACCUUUUGGAGUCGUGGGGUGAUGAUGCCUAUGCUACGCUUUAUUUUGCUCAAUUUUCCUACCCACGAUCGGAACGAUGAAAAGUUAUUACAACGCCACGACAAAGGCGUCCUUUUUUUCUAACGAAUGAAUCCUCGUUUAUGGUUGCUUUCCUUAUGGAAUCCAAAACCACCUCUAUAUCUCUUCCAAUGUCGACCCCGAACCCUCACACAUCCAAAAAAAUAAAAAUAAAAAAUAAAAAAAAAUGAAAGAUAGUCACAUCCCACCGUAUCCAUCCCGACGCCAUAUACAUGCCUUUUUUUUCCUUUAUGAAUUUUCUAACAAUAGGCGACUGGAGUGAGUCCAUUCGUGUCUGGCCAUAAAGUUUCUCGUCGUCGGAUACACUAAACAUUCAUCUAACUUCUCCCCAUCUCCCUGGCCUGCCUUCUCCUUGCUCUAUCUCAAACCGCCAUUUGUUCUCGGUUCGCUGGAUGCCCUCUCCUACUAUCACACUUCGCUACACUACACUACACAUCAUAUUUCAUUUCCUUUGUGUCUUAUCCACUGUCCAUCCGAUUUCUGGGGGUCUAGGUUGGGGUUCGGGUUUUGGUCCCAGUUUUAUAGUUUUCAUCAAUGUCUCAAUCAUGGGUUUGAAGGCGUUCCUUUCUUCCUGACGUCUUUCUUUGCUUGGAUUUUCUUUUGUUUUGCUCUCUUUUUACUCUUUUACCCUUGAUUUUCUCAUCUUCUCUCCUUUUCUUUCUUUCUUCCUACUUUUGAAGCUAGCAUUAGCCCUUUACUUUUUUGUUUCUCUUUCAAUUCAUUUCAACUUUCUUCUUUUGCUAUUCCUUCUUCCUCCACACUCCUCUUUCCUUUUCAUUUCUCUUUAUAUUUUGACACCGAUCAAUAUUUUUUUAUAUUAUUUUUUAUAUUAUUUUUUAUAUUAUUUUUUCUCUUUUAUGCCGUAUUAAUGAAAUGUUAACUAUACCAUAUAUCAUACCACAUCAAAACAUUUAACUAUUGAUAUCAGGUGAAAACAUCUAAAGCUUGUACAUAUUCUAUUAUUAUUCAGCAACAAGUAUUUACUAAAUGCAACUGUAUACAACUUGAUGUGUAUCUGCUUAUUUUAUAUUCACACUCAUCAGUUCAAAGUUAUUUGCGCUAUAUUCUCUCUCAAGUAGAGAGCAUCAUUAUUAUCUCUCUCAUUCAGCGGUUAUGAAUCUCGGACGGUCCAGGAAGACUCCAUUAGAAUUUAAGAAUCUUUGUUUGAUUCAUGCUAUUACUGAUAUUUAAUACUUUCCACAAUGCAAUAAAAUAAAUUAUUGUACACAGAAUAUAACUAAACUUCAGUUGAGAGAGAUGUAAAAGUCUCCCU